UUACCUACUUCUCUCUCUCACAUCGCACACUGUUCACUCUUGGAUUCCGCAGAGUUAAAGAGAACUUUGGUUUUGAAUCUCAAAUCUCUCUUCCCAUUUGAUUUUUUUUUACACAUUUUCUUUGGCAAAAACUGGAUCUUUUCUUCAAGCACGAACCGUCCUCGCAGCGCUACAUUGAAGAAGCAAAGAAGAGGCUGGAAAUAUCUUUUCGGUAAACAAGGUUUUUCAUUCAUCCUGUGCAUUAGAAGGAUAAUAUUACAGUAUGCAGACCCAAAAGGGAAGAAAUGGAUCUCCAGAUGUUCCUAAGAAGGUGUCUCCUCGAGCUGCUCGGCCACUGAAGAUACCAGCCCUAGAACCUGACUCUUCUUCAUCUCCUAUCCCAUCUAAUAACAGAACACCAAAGGAUAAAAGUCCAAAAUUUCCGGACCGUAGAUCUCCACGAAGCCCCGUCUCCGAGAAGAAGAGGCCAAGUAGAAUAACGGAGCUAGAGUCGCUAGUCUCGCAGCUUCAGGAGGAGCUGAAGAAAGCGAAAGACCAAGUCACAGUGUCUGAGACAUCAAAGAAGCAAGCAGAGCAAGAAGCAGAGGAGUCCAGGAAACAGCUACAAGAAGUUUCCUCAAAGCUCGAGGAGACCACCCAGAAUCAGGUUUUGGAAGUUUCAGCGUUGGAGGAAGAAACCAAUAAAACCGCUGCUUCUGAUCAUCGAAGUGUAUCUCAGGAAUGCGAUUUGGAGUUUGGUGCUACUGCUGAUGAAAGAGCAGGACUGGCUGUUGUUGUUCAUGAGAUCCAACAACUCAAGCUUCAGAUUGAGAUGGUGGCUUCUUCUGAAGCUGGUCAUGUGAAACAAGCUGAGUUGCGUAACUCGGAAAUUCACCUUUUGAGAGGAAACUUAAUGGACACAGUUUUUCUCGUCGAGAAUUUUAGGAACCAGCUUAAGGACUGUGAGGUAUCAGAUGCUGAAACCGAGGCUUUGGCCACCGAAACUCUUAGGCAGUUGGAGAAUGCUAAAAAGGCAGUAGAAGAACUGAAGUCAGAUGGCACAAAAGCAAUUGAAAGUUAUAAGAAGAUUGCAGUAGAGCUUGAACAGUCAAAAUCGAGGAUGGGUUGGCUUGAAGCUCUUGUGAAUAAACUUCAGACCAAUCCGGGUGAUUUGGAAAACCACGAAACCUUGCUUAAAGACUAUGAAAGUUUAAAACUUGAGGAAUCAAAUGAGAUGAAGGAAGAAGUAUCUUCCCUGAGAUGUGAGGUAGAGCGACUGAGAGCGGCUCUAGAAGCUUCUGAUAAGAAAGACCAAGAGGGGAAUGUGGAGGCUUCUUCUCGGUUACGGAUACAAGCUGAACUCCAGUCUGAAUUAAAGAUAGCUAAAUCCGAGAUAGACGAGCUAAAGGCGAGGUUGAUGGACAAGGAAACAGAAUUACAGUUUGUUUCAGAGGAGAGAGAUAACAUGUACCAAAAACUGAUGAAGAACCCGAAAGAGACAGAUGUUGAAGCUGAGCUGAAGCAACUAAGGGAGGCGAUCGAGAACUUUAAGGCAGAUUUGAUGGAUAAAGAGACAGAACUUCAGAUCGUUACAGAUGAGAACGAGACACUAAAAUCAGAUAUCCACAAGAGGGAGACAGAUGUACAAGAAGCGCUCAUGAAGCUAGGGAUUGCAAUGGAAGAAGCUGACAAGAGUAGCAAGAGAGCCGUUAGAGUAGCCGAGCAACUUGAUGCUACUCAAGCUUCAAACUCAGAGAUGGAAACAGAACUGAGGAAGCUCAAAGUACAAUCCAACCAAUGGAGAAAAGCUGCUGAAGCAGCUACGGCCAUGCUCUCUGCUGGAAACAACGGAAAAUUCUCUGAGAACUAUAAUCAAACAAACUCUCCUUACUCGGAGGAUAUCGAUGAUGAACUGACAAAGAAGAAAAAUGGGAAUGUGCUCAAGAAGAUUGGUGUUUUGUGGAAGAAGCCUCAGAAAUAGCUGGAGACAGACUAAUAUAAUUAGGGUACCGUUGAUAUGGAGCUGGAUUAUAAGAGCAACUCCUAUAACUCUGGUAUUGAUGUGAAUCAGUAGUUUGAGGACUUUGUUUUGAGAAAAUACAUGUUCGAAACAUUUGCGUUGUGAUAUUUUUUAAGUUAAGGCACGAAUGCCUCCGGUUUAUUUAGCAAGGUUGGAAUUUAUCACUGCGCCUAAUGUAAGCACCAAUCUGAAUAAAGUAUGUUUAGGAUUAUUGAAACUCUGCCACAUGUAGCGUUCUGGAUUGGUGUUGUGCGAGUAUCAGCACAAAGUUCUCAGGAGUUUUGCCACCACCACCGGCGACCACAACACAAGCUAUGGUUAUGAGAUUGAUCGAUGGUGAGCUAGUUCUCCAUGAUCAAUCAUUCAAUCUCAUAACCAUAGCUUCUGGUCAUUAGAUGAAACAAGAAAGAAACGAGAGAUCUGCAGCGCUGCUGGUGGCAGAGCUUCCGGAAACUUUGUGCUGAAAUAGUCCCACAACA